UUUCUCUGCCAUUCACCCAAAAAAACCCUAAUAUACACCGCCAUUCCCAGGACGAUUCCUCCAAUCCCUUUAUCUGCCAUUCUCGUGGUCGAAUCCGACGACCAGAAGAACACUCCAUCGAGAGACGUGUCUUUUGGAGCUGGACUAAUCUUGGCUGUUGGUCGAAAAGGCUACAAGUCAAGGCUAGAAAGGCAGGCAGAAAGGGAGACUUUUGAAAGGCGGACCAAGCAAUUUGAGGAGCAAAUUGAAAUUCAGCAGUCGAAACUACAAACUCAAGACACAAAGUUUGAGGAGAUGGAAGCAUCGCAGCACCGUCUUGGAGCUACUGUUCGUGACUUGGCUGCUAGAAUGGCUGGAAAUAACAACUGAAGGAGGUGAGAUGAUGCAUGUGAGGAGGGCAUGUGAGGAGGGCUGGACAGAGGUUGCUGAUUUUGGGAUUCAAGUAGUUGGCUUGAGUUGCUGCAUGAUUUUGGGGUACUAAACUAUUAGGAACGUUAAUAUUUAUCAAGUGUAAGUGUCGGA